AAUGGGACAUGGGUGGGCGAUUUCAUCGGAAAUAAAAAUUUAUUUUUAGUAUUGUGGUUCGUAGUGUGGUUCAAAGAAACGUUUUUUUCAUUUUAUAAAUUUCAAUUCCAAUAGUUUUAAGGAAUAUCAGUGUUACAUCAAUAUUAAUAAGAUGUCUCGGUACCGAGAAUGGGACCUUUCAUGUAAAGUGUAUGUUGGCAAUUUGGGAACCAAUGCUUCAAAAUAUGAGAUAGAAAAAGUUUUUGCCAAAUACGGUAACAUCAGAAAUGUAUGGGUUGCUAGGAAUCCCCCUGGUUUUGCGUUUGUUGAGUUCGAAGAUCCUCGUGAUGCUGAAGACUCAGUCAGAGGCUUAGAUGGAACAAGAUGCUGUGGGACAAGAAUUAGAGUUGAAAUGUCCAGUGGUAGAACAAGGAGAGAUCGCAGGUCCAUUUUAUCAACCAACCACCAACACACCAACGAUCUCACCACAUCUCUUCACCACAACAACAACAACGGCUAUACAACUCUGAAAUCCGCAAUCGCCGCUCGCCACACCAUGUUGAACAUCGGCAAACAGCUCUCCAAACUGCAACGUGCAGCCGAAGCCUUCGCGAACUGCGCCCUCAGAUUCCUCACAGCUGUCACCUAGAUCCUACCUUCCCACUUUCCUGGACCAAAUAAAUUUGAAGUAUAACAACAGUAGGAACAUGCAAAUCUGCAAAGUGAAAUCCUGAUCCGAAUCUUCAGUCUGCACUCACACAUCGAGGCACCAACUAGAGUCACAGGCUCUGGUCGGUGUCACAACUCAGCUUAUAUCAUCAAUUUGAAGAUAGAAACAACUGAAUUUCAAACUCCCUUCGGCCUCACAGCAGCCCUCAACGACGACCAUCAGGCUCACCAAGUCUCGGACAAGAAGCCGCAGUCCUCGUCGCCGAUCCUAUUCUCGUGGGCGUUCGAUUUCACUUCGGCGCUCGCCUUCAGUUCGCCGCCGCUCGCCGUCGGUUCGGCGAACGAGAUCCCGUGACAGACGCAGCCGUUCAGAUAGCAAGAGCAG